AUGUCCGAGUGGGUGUGGUCAGACUGUGUCCGAGUGGGUGUGGUCAGACCGUGUCCGAGUGGGUGUGGUCAGACCGUGUCCGAGUGGGUGUGGUCAGACCGUGUCCGAGUGGGUGUGGUCAGACCGUGUCCGAGUGGGUGUGGUCAGACCGUGUCCGAGUGGGUGUGGUCAGACCGUGUCCGAGUGGGUGUGGUCAGACCGUGGCCGAGUGGGUGUGGUCAGACCGUGGCCGAGUGGGUGUGGUCAGACCGUGUCCGAGUGGGUGUGGUCAGACCGUGUCCGAGUGGGUGUGGUCAGACUGGGCACAGAUGGAACCAACCGCCAAGAAACAAGAUCAAAGAAAAAGCAAGACAAAUUUAG